CGUUUGUUCGUUUUGUUGUUAGUUUUUAAUAUGUAAGAUUGUUAUGUCUCUCUGACAUUUUAACAUAUUAUAUAAGUCAGAAAGAAACAAGAGGUAUGAUGGUACUAGAUUAGGUGGAGAAAAACAGAAUGACUUGGUGAGUUUUUCUCCUCUCUGUCAAAUCCCAAAAUCCUUCGGUUCAUCGCCAUUUUAGGACCUCCUUCAUUACCCAAAAAUCUCUCUCUUACUCCAUCUACCCUCCAAAUCACCACACUUUUCCAUACCCUUUUGGAUUUUUUCAUUUCUAUUUUCUUUUGCUUUUCUUUCAUUUUUCCAUUAUUGUCCUUUUCAUUCUUCAAUCUCCAGUCUUUAAUCUCUUUACGAACAAAGAAAAAGAUUUCAAUUUAGAAUCCAUAAGGGAAAUAUAAAAAUUUCUUUGUUUUGUGAUUCUGCUCUGGGUUUUUUAGCGUUUUCUGCACUGUUCUUUUUCAUCUUUUUCUAUCCUGAUUUUAUCUGCAAAACCCACAAACCUUUUGUUCCUAUUAUGGUGUAUUGUGUAUUGAUUUAGCCAAUUGGUCCAAAUUUUGGAGUCUCAGAAUACCGAGGCGAUAAAGUUGAAGAUUUUUGCUUACACUUUGUUAAAUUCAUAUUUUUGAAGAAUUUGAAAAACGCAGAUAGAGAUAUUGAAGGUAUAUGGUUAGCCGAGAAGGGAAACUCAAAAAGGGUUUCCCAGGAAAAUCCAGGGCUACCCAUAUGCUAAAUUGUAAUAAUAAAAUUUGUAAAAAGAGCUAAUUAUUAUUGUUUUUGGCUAGAGUUUUGGGGGUCUUUUCUUUUUUUUUUUUUUGGUUCUUUUUUUUUUUUUUUCCCCUUCUAUUUGAGGUUUAGAACAUGGGCUGCAUUUGUUCCAAAGGAGCCUCAGAAGUUGAUGCAGAUGAUGACUAUGAGGAAGGAAAGGAAUUGAACAAGGCUUCGGUUCAAUUGGUUGCCCCUGUUCCUUCAAAGAGAGAAAAUUUAGUAAUAGAGAUUGGUGGUAAAAAUAUUGAUGGAUCAGUUGGAAGUGAAUCUACGAAACAUCAUGGAGGGUCUGUCCACAAAAAACCGAAUGACGAAGAUAGUAGAAUGCUACAAAAUGAAAUACCUGCAAAUUCUCAUCACCAAAGAUGGGCAACAAUGGAUUUGGAAACCAGUGGAAGAAGAGCAGAGAUGUCUAGGAUAGCUAGCAUUCCUAAUGGUGUUGAAGGGGAACAAAAUGCAGCAGGGUGGCCCUCAUGGUUAACUUCGGUUGCAGCCGAUGCAAUCGAAGGGUGGUUGCCUCGACAGGCAGACUCUUUUGAGAAAUUAGACAAAAUUGGACAAGGAACUUACAGCAGUGUAUAUAAGGCUCGUGACCUUGAAACCGGUAAAAUUGUUGCUUUGAAAAAAGUUCGAUUCGUAAAUAGGGAUCCUGAAAGUGUACGUUUUAUGGCUAGAGAAAUCCAUAUCUUGCGUAGACUUGAUCAUCGUAAUGUUAUGAAGCUUGAGGGUAUAGUCACUUCAAGAAUGUCAUGCAGUUUAUACCUCGUUUUCGAAUACAUGGAACACGAUCUUUCAGGUCUAGCAGCUCGUGGCAUCAAGUUUACUGAACCUCAGAUAAAGUGCUAUAUGCAACAAUUGCUUUGUGGACUUGAACAUUGUCAUAGUCGUGGUGUCCUGCAUCGAGACAUCAAGGGUUCAAAUCUUUUGAUUGACAAUAAUGGAGUUCUUAAGAUUGGUGACUUUGGUCUGGCAACUUCGUAUGGUCAAAAUGAACUGAUGACUAGUCGUGUGGUAACGCUGUGGUAUAGGGCACCUGAGCUCUUGCUAGGUGCUACAAAAUAUGGACCUGCUAUAGAUCUGUGGAGCAGUGGUUGCAUCCUUGCAGAAUUGUUCGCUGGGAAGCCUAUUAUGCCUGGAAGAACAGAGGUGGAGCAAACGCACAAAAUUUUCAAGCUUUGUGGUUCACCAUCUGAGGACUUCUGGGAGACAACAAAAUUACCACACUCAACCAGCUUCAGACCACAGCAGUCUUACACACGUCGUCUUGCUGAUAUGUUCAAAGACAUCCCUCCUCCUGCUUUAGCUCUUAUUGAUAAACUCCUUUCGAUGAAACCAGAUGAUCGGGGAUCAGCUGAAUCUGCUCUUGGAAGUGAGUUCUUCACAACCAUACCCCUCCCUUGUGAGCCAUCGAGUUUGCCGAAAUAUCCUCCAAGCAAGGAGUUCAAUGCCAAGCUUCGGGGAGAAGAAGCAAGAAGGCGAAGAGCGGAGACUGUAAAAGGACGAGGUCCUGAAUCUGUUAGAAGAGGUUCACGUGAUAAUAAUGCGGCGCCAACACCAGAAUUCGAUAGUCAAGUAGAUGUUUCUUUGCAGGAACAGUCAAAUGCUAAAACCUCCAGACAUAAGUAUGUUCACCAGGAGGGUGUUGAAUUGGGCUUUCUGAUAGAACCACCAAGAGUAGCUAGGCCAAACGGUUAUUCUCACUCUAGUUCAAUGGUACACCCUGUUGCUGAGGCAUCAACACGUAGCAAGACGGGAAGCUUUACAAGAAAUAAGCCAGAGCUAAGUACUCAAAGCUCUCAUUUGCAUCAAGCACAAACAGGCUCAUCAAACUCUAAUAUUACAAGGGGUGAAACAUUGCGCAACAAAGAAUCUAGAAUGGAAUAUGUAUCAAAGAAGAAUAGAAUCAACUACUCUGGACCAUUGGUGCCUCUGGGAGGUAAUCUUGAAGACAUGCUCAAAGAGCAUGAAAGACAAAUCCAGCAGGCUGUACGCAAAGCACGUCUCGACAAAGCUCGAACUAAUAAAAACAUGGACAAUUUCAUUUGAAGAGAUAUGAUGAACAAAAUCCUUUACUAUAGAAAUUUUGCUGCCUUUGUGAAUAACUCAUACUUAUCUUAACAGGGCGGUUUUGCUCACAAAGCAUUGAACACCAUCGGGAAAUUUCUUUGCCUCCGAAUGUCAUAACAAGGAAAGAUAUGUUACUUGGAGGCAUAACCGAAAUUGAGGUGGUCAUGUAUUUGAAAAUGAGAACUAUCAAGUGAAGUUAUAUUGGAUUUACUUUUUUCAAGUAAAAUUACUCCAGAAUUAUUGAUAACUCUAAAGUUGUUUGUGGGCAUUUCCUUGGUCACUUGAAACAUUAUUGGUGGGAAAUUUGAUUUGUACAGGGGAUGGAGUUGUUGAUAUGCAUAUACAUUGUAAAAUCUUGA